UAGAAGUCACAGCCUUCCGCGAGUUCCGUGUGUUGCGGAAAAUACCCUUUUUGGGCGUCCGACCACAUGUGUGAAUUGUGAACAAAAUAUGGUUCAUUAGUUAUUUUCAGGUUAAAAACGCCUUUUCGUGUACAGGUUGUGCACGUAAUCGAUAGAUACGGUGUGUCCGGAACGUUGUGUGUCGUUAAAUAGUUGGAACAAGUCGACGGAAGUGAAUUUUUUCGAUGUAAAUACGGUCGAUCCAGGGCCAGUCUGGUGUGCAUUUUGAACUUUGAGCAUAUUACGCUCUGAAAAUACGUUAUUGAGUUUUGUAUACAUAUACGUCUCGAUUGACCUUCUUAUAAUUGCGAAAGUUGUGCAUUUCGUGGGUCCGACCCGAAGCAUGCCGUUUUGUUAAGGGGCAUGGCGCCGCGCUCGUGAUCCUAGGUCGGCGCGAAGCGCGCGCCCGGGCUUACAUAACGUGGAUAGCAGCGGCAUGGCCGCGCGGGUGUCCGUCGAGGGCGCAGGACCCUCGUACGCGUCGGUGCUCAACUUUAGAGUGAGUGACAGCAAUAAAGAAAACAUAGAGGCCACGGAGGAGGUGGCAGACGCGCCACCUCGCCAGGAUGAUGAGGAGGAGGAAGGUUUCGUGCCAGUCAUCUCGCACGCUCGUAGACCGGCCAAGAGCCGCAGGGAGCGAGAGCGCAGAGCUGCACCUCGUCCGCACAAGGAACCCAAGCCGCAAACGGAGCCCCAGCCAGCGUCUGACCAACAACAGUCAACAGAACCGCAGCCCAAGAAGUUCGUGGAAGCUCCCAUACCCAAAGUAAACCCUUGGCAGGUGCGAGGUGGAAGCACCGGAGCUCCGCCCCCCGCGCCCCCAGCCAUCCUGGAGCAGGAGAAGAGGUCGCCACUGCAGCCCCAACAACAGGGCCGGGCACAGCUGCCUCCAGAACCGGUCCCAGUAGCACAACCAGCUAAGCCAGCCAUAGUGAAGGCACCGAAAAACGCCAAAAUAAAUCACAAGGCGUCUGACUUCACAGACAUUGGUGAUUGGCCGACUCUGGGCGCAGCUGUUGCAGGCGCCCGCUGUCACUCCACGCCGCCGCCGCAGGAGGAUUCGGCGCACCAUAAUGGAAACGCGGACCAAGAGAGGAAGCCGCUCGAGGAACAGCCGAUGAAGGCGGAGAAGGUGGAUCCCAGCGCCAACCACCACGCCCACUACGACAGGCACGCGUUCGACAAGAGCAAAACAGCUGCCGGCAAGGGCGGGAACAAAUCCGGGAAGCACAAGUGGGUGCCUCUGGAUAUUGACGUGAAGGCCGGCAGGUCCAAGCAUGGACAGCACGCGCCCAGGCAGGACCACGAUACAGUCAGCCUGAACGGCGAGGACUCCCGCGGCCGAGGCGCUCCCCGCGGCCGGGGCUCCGUGCGCGGCCGGGGGACCCGCCGGGGCGCGCCGCGCGCCUCCUCCAUCCACUCGCACGUGUACCACCAGGACAUAGCCAGCCACGAGCUGCCUCAGCUCCGCGUGGCUCAGCCGGGCCUGCCGCAGGUGGUGCUCCGGUACGGGCUCGGGGCCCUGCCGCUCGCCCCGCCGAUCGCGCAGGCCUUCUACUACGGCAGCGCCCCCUACGUCGGACUGGACCAGGCGACGCUCAAAGACCUCAUCAAGAAGCAGAUCGAGUACUACUUCAGUCCCGAUAACCUGGCCCGGGAUUUCUUCCUGCGGCGUAAGAUGUCCCCGGACGGCACUAUACCCGUCACCCUGAUCGCGUCCUUCCACCGCGUGAGGGCGCUCACCGCUGACGUGCAGCUCGUGCUGGACGCCAUACGCGACUCGGACAGGCUGCAGCUGAUAGGAGGGUUCAAGGUCAGAACGGCGUUCGAGCCUACAAAAUGGCCGAUACUGGAUCUACCCUCCAACUCCGAUGACGGCGAGGGGCAGGACAAGAACGAGAGAGACGAACACACAGACAGACACGACGCGGACGCGGAGAGAAUACACGGAGCGCGACACGAGGAGCCGGAGCAGAAGACUGGACACGAGGAGCGGCCAGCGGAGCGGGACCAGGCCGCGCACGCUGGCGCUGAGGAGGCGGGGGCCGGCGAGGACGGAGCGGACGCGGCGCUGAAGGACGGAGAACGGACUCUAGGGAACGAGGCGAAUCCCGAACCGCCGUCAGAAAAACAGGAUGAAGACAAACGAGCGCCGGCGGAUGGGAAACAGGAAGCGGAUGUGGACAGCCAGGAGAAGGAUAUCAACAACGACCCGCCGCUGCAACCGGAUGUAGAGAAGCCCGGGGAGAAGAGACGUAAAAAGCAAAUGGUCGGCAUCUUCCCCCUGGCGACCAUGGGCGGGCCGCUAGUGGCGCCCGUGUCCAGUCUGCUGAGAGCCGUCCCUCCGCCGCCGCUGCCCAGGAUAUUCCGCACACGUCCGGGGACCGCGCCCCUCGCCGUGGAUCACCUCAACCCUGACGUCCCGGAGUUCGUCCCCCAGGCCAGGAGAAACGAGGAACCGAUGGAUUCCGCGGAGAAACAGGACAAUGGUUCCAGUGCAUCAUCAGACAGAGGAGAUGCUGACGUAUGGACGGAGGUGAAGCGCCGUACCAAGGCGGGGUCUCGGGAGCGUGCGCCCCGACCUGACGCGGCGGACGACGAGCCCAAGGAGGAGCUGCACUUCCAGCUGGAUGAAGAACUGGAGCUGCCUCCACCCAGGAACAACACCUUCACUGACGGCUGGUCGGACGAGGAAUCUGAUCUCGAGCUGUCGGACCGUGACAUCGGCCGGCUGCUUAUAGUGACUCAGACCGCGGCCCGCGCUCCCAAACACGACGGACACGACCGACAGGGCGACUGGGCCACCAGGACCAAGAUCACGCAGGACCUGGAGCAGGUGAUCACGGACGGUCUCAGGCGCUACGAGGAGGACCUCUGGAACGAGUUCUCAUCGUCGCACAGCACGCCGCAGUACCGCACGGUGUCGGUGAUCAGCCGCGAGCAGUUCGAGGCCGCGGCGCCCGCCCACCAGCACAGGAACCCCGAGACGCCGCCCCCGCCCCCGCCCAGGCCGACUGUGCCGAACGAGCAAAAGCCAGAGGGCGGCGGUAAGGCAGCCCGCAGACGAACGGCGCGCUUCUACGCGGCCAGCAAGGAUCCGCACGCUACGGACGUUAUAAGCAGCAGGAAGCACAAGACGCGGCACAGCCUGAACCCGCCGGUGGAGCACCACGUGGGGUGGAUCAUGGACGUGCGCGAGCACAGGAGACAGCACAGGGACAGCACGGGAUCGUCCCUGGGAACGUCACCCACCCUGGGCUCGUCCUGCGGCUCCGUCCCUCAGUCCCUGCCGGCCUUCCAUCACCCCAGCCACGGGCUGCUGAGAGAGAACCACUUCACACAGCAGGCCUACCACAAGUAUCACUCGAGAUGUCUUAAAGAACGCAAGAAGCUGGGCAUAGGCCAGUCCCAGGAGAUGAAUACUCUCUUCAGAUUCUGGUCCUUCUUCCUCAGAGAUCACUUCAACAGGACUAUGUAUAAUGAGUUUAGGAGCCUAGCUACUGAGGACGCAGCGGCAGGAUUCCGCUACGGCCUGGAAUGUCUGUUCAGAUUCUACUCGUACGGCCUGGAACGCAAGUUCAGACCUGAGCUGUACCAGCACUUCCAGGUGGAGACGCUGGCUGACUAUGAGAAAGGUCAGCUGUACGGCCUGGAGAAGUUCUGGGCGUUCUUGAAGUACUACAAGCACGCGGCGGCACUUAACGUGGAGCCUACACUUAAAGCACACCUCGCUAACUUCAAUACCGUGGAGGACUUCCGGGUGCUGGAGCCCCAGCUGAACGAGCUGCUAGCGGCGGGCGGGCCGGGGGCUGGCAGGCCCCACGCCCGCGUGUACGAGAGACAUCGCUCCGUGUCCGAGAGCGAGAGGACCAAGGCCUGUCGGAACACGUUCAGCCGUCCCGCGGCCGCCACCAACCGCGGUCGUGCUGGUUCCUGCGGCGCCCAGGGUACAGUCGCCGCUGAGAGGAGGCCGAAAACUAAGCCGAAGGUGGAGGAGUCGAAGCAAUAAGUGUAUAUAGACAGACGAUCAGUGCAUUUUAUAUAUAUAUAAUACAAGAAGAAAAUAUUAACAAGACAUAGAUUAUAUAUAGCGAGGCGAGCGGUUGAGGGCGGCGCGACUGCGAGCCCGAGCUUAACGCAUCGACAAUAAAGAGCGCUGCAGCCUAGCCGCGGUGGCCGCGAGACUGGAGCCGUGGUCCGGGGCUACGUCGGAGCGGCGCACACCGACACACAUACAUUAAGACACGCUAUUUUAUACGUUUAUGUAAAUUCGAGUGAUUUUAUUGUAUCGUUGUAGCAGCUUGUGAAAGAUUAAUGUAAAAAAGCUUACUCUAGUUUGCUCGCUCAAUACGGAUAGUCCACAGGGAUUCCCCGUGACGUGACUGAACACUCCGGACUGUCCGUAUUCAGUGAACCCAAACCAGCGUUAAGGAUGCCGAGGUCAGGUCGGUUAGUGUCCCAUGUUCACGAAACUGCCAAAACAACACACAAA